UCACCACACACUGACUGGUACUCACUCCUGUCACACCUCCUCACUCCUCCGUCAGUAUGAAGAUGAGGCUCCUGCUGCUGCUGCUGCUGGUGGGGCUGACUUACGCCGUGCCCACCACCCAGGACGAGGACUCAGAAAGCGUUGAGGACCAGGACACUGCUGACGCUGGGGCUGACAUCAGAGUAGUGCCGGAGGAGGAAAACAAAUUCCUGAAGAUCUGCGUGAGGAAGUCAGAAUGUAAGAGUCAUGGCGGCCUCUGCAGGACUGAGAAGUGUACCAAGUGGGAGGAGGAGCUUCACGGGGGAUGCAAAGGCGCCUACUGCAGGUGUUGUAUCCCUAAGGAGGACCCGGUAUGCAACACAGACUACCGCUGCUCUGACGAAGGCGGAGAGUGCAAAGCUACCUGUGGCAAGAAUGAACACCCAGCUGCCGGAGUCGCCUGUCCCGUGAAAGGGUGUACCUGCUGUGUUCCUGAUGCCAUGGAGUGCAGCACGAGCUUCUACUGCAUGAACAAGGGCGGAAUGUGCAAGGACAAGUGUGGGGAGGACGAGAAGCACAUUGAUGAGAAGUGCUCCGGCGAGGGGUGCUUCUGCUGCGCCCCUGUUAUGGAAAAAUGCAAGACCAACGACAAGUGUGCUCAUGCUGGCGGCGAGUGUAAGGAAAGGUGCAGCUUCCAUGAGGAUGAGCUCACCAAUGUGUGUGACGGAAAGGACUGUUUCUGCUGUGUGCCCAAGGAGGAAGAGACAUGCGUUGAGGACUACAUGUGCAAGAACGCUGGUGGGGUAUGUAAGGCCAAGUGUGAUGCUAACGAGAAGCCAGAGAAGAGCGGGUGUUACGGGAAGGACUGCAUGUGUUGUGUCCCCGACGUGCCUGAGUGCGUGGACGACUGGUGUUCCGUGGCUGGUGGUGAGUGCAAGGAUAAGUGUUCCAGCACAGAGGAGGUGAUCAACGGAGCCUGCAAGGGACCCAACUGCUACUGCUGCGCCCCCAAGGAAGAUGAGUGCAUCAGGAACCAAAAAUGCAAGAAACGAGGUGGCAAGUGCAGGGACCAGUGCAUGCCCAAGGAGAAGGCGGUGAAGCAUGGCUGUGACGGUGACGGGAAGGACUGCUGGUGUUGUGCCCCUAAGAAGUGCAAGAACAACCCACGAUGCGACAAGUUCAAUGGACACUGCACCGUGGACGAAUGUGACGCCACACUGGAGCAGCUUAUCCCCGGCGGCUGCUUCGGGUCCCACUGUGAAUGCUGCGCUCCCAAGGGCUGCAUCAUUACCUCCCGCUGCGCCCGUCACGGUGGUGUGUGCCGCGACGUGGAGUGUAGGGACGGCGAGGUGGCUGAUCCCUACAAUGGCUGUCUUGGUGAUGGCUGUGUCUGCUGUGUCCCCUCCCACAAGGCAGCUGACAUCCUGAAUGACAAGCACUUCGAUAUUGAUGAGGAAUACGAGUACUACUAAGGCCGCCCUCAACCCGCCCACAUCUGCUACACCCACAUCUGCUUUCAACCCACCCCACACCUGCUUUCAACCCGUCCAAAGUUGCCUUCAAUCCCGCCCACACCUGUUUUCAAGCCACCCAUAGCUGCUCUCAACACGCCCACAGCUACUCUCAACACGCCCACACCUGCUUCAACACACCCACACCUGCUUCAACUCGCCCACGCCUGCCUUCAGUCCCGCCCACACCUUCCCUCAAUCCCGCCCAUAUCUGCUCUCAACACGCCCACAACUGCUCUGGCCACACCUGCACCGCUAAAACCUGCCUUCAACACGUCCACACCUUCCCUGAACCCGCCCACACCUCAGAACCAAGCCUGUGCAGUAUUAUAGGAUUAAAUGCCCAUCCUUUACCUUUAAGUCAGUACUCUAACUCCAUUUAACUCUUUUUAUAAGCAUUCGAAAUCUUUAUAUGGCAUUCAAAAAGUAUUCAGAUAGUUUUUUUUUUUUUUUUUUUUUCGUUCUAUAUUGGUCUUUGUUUGAAAUCUACUUGUUUUGUUAAAGAUAAAAUGGUGUUAUGAAAAUUUAUCUCUUAGUUUUUAUUUCUAGGCCAUUUUCUGUUAUAUUCAAUCUGUAAUGUGUCAAAAUAUGUGACGUUAUUAAAGAAAAAGAAGCGCA